UUCGAGCUUUCUCCUUUGUUCUCGUGAACGUUGAACCCCUCUCGUUUUCUACCGAAGGUACCUCUUGCAUUUUUGUCUUAAGUGGAGCCAGCCAGCGCCACCGUCUAUUCUUCUCCCCUUCUCCGCGUCACUGAAACUUCUUUCGGCGUAAUUGAUAUAGUUUUUGCCGAACGAGAAACAAUUGAUUGUUGCAGGAGAUAUUUUUAUGUGAAAUAUUUAAGACCUUUAACAAAAAGACCAGUUAGGAAAAUACCCAAAAACAAGCACCAAGUGUUGGUAAAACAUAGAAAAUGCCGGCAAGAAAGUUCUACUGUGAUUACUGCGACAAGCAGUUUCCGGACACGGCGGCCGAUCGGAAGCGACAUGAGCGAGGUAUUCAGCACCAACAAGCCAAAGCUCGCUGGUAUGAUUCCUUCAAACUUGAACAACAACAGCAGUUUCCUUCUAAUGCACCACUACCCCAAGGCAUGCCUCAACCUCUUUGCUAUAACUUUGUCAACACUGGAUUUUGUCGUUAUGGUAACUCAUGCAAAUAUCUUCAUCCCAAUGCCAACAAUGCACCACACCCAUCAAUGAUAAGUGCGCCUAAUCCGUCAGGAAAUGUAGUACUACAAGAUAGGACAGGGUUGUCAUGGGAUAAUUUGCCUCCAUCACUGCAGCCUCCACCAGAAGCUGGAUAUCCCUCUCUUCCUUUUGUGGACUGGGGAUAGAAUUUUAGCUACAAGAACAUUCAUACUCACUUGUUCUUAGUAUCUAUGUAUUCUCAGAUUAGAUUAUAUGUGCUUUAGAGCAUUUGAAUUGUUAUUUUUACUAUUACAAUGAGUCCCCAACUCCGUGUGUUUAAGGAGUAUGUAUGCAAAGUAUUUACCGUGAAGAAGCUUCUGCAUUACAGCAUUAGUUUCUGAAUUUGCUUGA